AUGAUCAUUAAAUCAUUGCGUAGAUUCAAAUCAUUUAUAGGGGAUCUUCCUCCAGACCAUCAUUUUCCUUUAGAAAACUUGCCGUUUGGCGUUGGCAAGCGAAUAGGAGCUAAAGGCGGCGUAAAAUGUGUAAGUAGAAUCGGAGACUACGCAAUAAAUCUCGCAGAAUUAGAAUCCCAAGGAUUUUUCAAAGAAAUUCUCCCUCAAAGCACUUUUUCUUACUCCCCCUUUAAAUUGGAACUAAAAAAUUUUGUUCCAAUUUAAAGGGGGGUUAAUUUUUUUUUUUUAAAAAAAAAUAUCAAUAUAAAAAAAAAUUCAAAAACUUAUCGAAUUAGAUCAAUAAAUUUGUUUAAUAAAACGCUAUUUACUCUUUAUCCUUUAAAACAAAGCAAGAUAUAACUAAAUUUCAUUAUUAGUUAAUACGCCACUAUUAAUUGGUAUCAAAAUUAUUUACACAAAAAUUUUUAUUUUUAUUGAUAAAAAAAUUAAAAAAAAAAAAAUUUAGAAAAUUUAUCGAUCAAAGUGCCAAUUUUGUUUAAAUAAGAUGUUAUUUAUACUCUAUUCUUUAAAAUAAAGCAAGAAAUAAGUAAAUUUUGAAAUUUUAUAAUGAAUUCCCUAUUGAAUUUAUAUCAAAACUAUCCAAAUAAAAAAUAUCAUUUUUAUCAAAAAAACAAAAAUUUUUUUGAAAAUUUUAAAAAAAACAAAAUUAAUUUUUUUUUAAAAUUUAGCAAUUAAGGAUAAUAAAUUUAUUUAAAUAAGAUGCUCUUUAUACUUUUUUCUUUAAAAAAGAGCAAGAUAUAAAUAAAUUUUUUAAUUUUAGUUAAGAAGAAACAUUUAACUUAUAUCAAAACUUUUUAGAUAAAAUUAUAUAUAAAUUUUUUAUUAUAAAAUUAAAUUUUGUUCCAAUUUAAAGGGGGGUUAAUUUCCCAAAAAAGUGGAAAUUUUACCGAUAUUUUGUUCCAAUUUAAGGGGGGAGUUAGGAUCAUUAUAAAAUUCCUUUUAUUUUUUGGUAAAUUUAAUAGGAAAACUUGUUUUACCAGGAAUUUUUCAAUCAAAUUUAUUUAUUUAUAAAAAUAUCUUAUAUUUAUCCUUUUUCUUCAAAAUUCCUCAACAAAUUCAUGUCUCAAGAGCGCACUCAAUGAAAAAAAGUCCGUGAAAUCCUUCAAGACUUAUUUGAUGCCAAUAAUCCCAAAAUCCGUGAUAACGCUGAGCUUAGAAAUGAAGUUUUAAUCCCAAUAGAAAAUUUCAGACAAGAAAUGCCUGCAAAAAUAGGAGACUUCACUGAUUUUUACUCCUGCAAAAAUCACAGAGACAAUUGUGGGAAAAAGUAUCCUUUAGCAAUUAAGCCAAAUUAUGAAUGGAUUCCAAUUGCUUAUCAUGGAAGAAGCUCAAGUGUCAAACUCAGCGGAACACCUUUACGCAAGCCUUAUGGGCAGGUUAUGCACCCAGGCAGCGAUAAGCCAGUUUAUGAGCAAUCUCAAUGGCUUGAUUUUGAAGUCGAAAUGGGCUAUUUCAUAGGUGGAAAAACUAAUAAAUUAGGAGAAAACAUCCCUAUAGAGAAAGCAGCUGAUAAUAUUUUUGGGUUCGUUAUUUUAAAUGAUUGGACUGCUAGAGAUAUCCAGUUGUGGGAGUUUACACCACUUGGACCAUUUAAUUCGAAAAAUAUGCUUACUUCUAUAAGCCCUUGGAUUGUUACCUUAGAAGCGCUUGAACCUUUUAAAGCUCCAAUGGACCCUCAAGUCCCAGAGCCAUUAGAUUACCUUAAAGAUCCUCAUAGGUUUAAUUAUAAUGUAGGCCUUGAUGUAUUUUUUAAAAAAGGUGGGGUAAAAGAUUCAGAUUUUGUAAAAAUUUCUUCGACUAAUUUGGCUCAUUUGUACUGGAGUGUCGCACAGCAGGUCGCUCAUCAUACAGAAACAGGGUGCAAUUUAAAGCCUGGAGAUUUAAUUGGAACUGGAACUUUAUCAGGGACUACUCCAGAUACUGUUGGAUCGCUACUUGAAAUGGAUUGUUUAGGACUUAAAGGAAUCCCUUAUAAAGAAGGAAGCAGGGCAAAGUUUUUAAGUGGAGGGGAUUCCGUGAAAAUUGUUGGGCAGUCUAAAAAAGGAAACUUGACAAUUGGGUUUGGAGAAUGUGUAGGAAAAGUUCUCAGAGCCAGGACAAUGAAAAAGGAAUAG